UUAACUUACCUUUUUUUACCUUUUUUUAUAAUUUAAUAAAAUCUCUUAUCAAAUAAAUCUAAAUAUUAAGAUUUAGAAGUAAAUUAUUAGAUUCGGAUUUUUUUAAUUCUUUGAAAGCGUUCUAUUUUUUGCCGUAUGAAAGUCUAUUAUCCCUUUUUCUUAUCAUAUUCCCAUAAAACCCAUUUAUCAUUCAUCACACACGCGGGAGCUGUCUGCGGCCGUCCUGCAUGCGUAGUUUGAAGAAAUGGCGAUCUCCGGUCAUCUAGGAAGAAGACAACAACAGCAACAGCUGCAUCAGAGGUUUCCAGGGCGCGCCCCUCGAUUUCCGAUUAGAUUUUCUUCUUCUUCCUAUAGAAAGCUUCGUUUCAUCCUAAUUUCUCUCGCAUUCGUCGCUCUUCUCCCUCCCUUCUUCUUCCACUUCAGACUCCGCCGUUUUCAUCAGGUAAACUCUUCCUUUGUUGUAUACCUCUCGUUCUCUAUCCAUGCAAUUUUAGCUGUUCGAGUCAUUAGAACCCAUUAAUGCUAUUUUGUUUAAUUAUCUUUCUUAACUUUGAUAUGUGUGCUUAUGUUCAUAGAUUCAGAAAAGGUUUCCUUUUUAUGGAAAUUCCUGAUAGAGAUGUGAUGUGAUCUGCAUGUUUUCUUGAUACAUAUUGGGGUUUAGGUUAAUGGUACAGAUCGUCAAUAAGCUGUCUGGAUCUUU